ACCUAAAAUUAAUUGAAGCCAUCCGGCUUUUCUGUUCUGCAUUUUGUAAUUGCGUAAAUCGCCUAAUUGCUCUGUGUGCUUCUUCUCUGUCGCCGAGAUUCUUCUUCUUUCUUCUACAACCUUGAAAAACCCUAAUAAUUAACCGCCAUUGCGAUAAGGCACCGUAAUUUCCUUUGACGUUUCCGCCGGACGAAUCUAGAAUUCAGUAAUGGCGGCUCCGGCUGCAGCGACAGCGAGGGCUCAGGCGCUCUCUCUCCUCGCCGCUGCCAAUAACCACGGCGAUUUGGCAGUGAAGCUCUCGUCUCUUAGACAGGUGAAGGAGAUUUUGCUGUCAUUGGAGCCGUCUUUGUCUGCUGAGAUUUUCCCCUAUCUCGCAGAACUCCACUUGUCCCGUGAAAUUCUAGUUCGCAAAUCCCUUAUAGGGAUCAUUGAAGAGGUUGGUUUGAGGAUGCUGGAUCAUUCUUAUGUUCUAGUGAGUGUCUUACUAGUCUUAUCAAGGGACGAGGAUCCAACUGUUGCCAAGAAAUCCAUUUCUGCUGGCACCACUUUCUUUUGCACCAUCUUGGAGGAGAUGGCAAUGCAGUUCCAUCACCGUGGUAAAGUUGAUCGUUGGUGUGGGGAACUAUGGACAUGGAUGGUUAAGUUCAAAGAUACUGUCUUUGCCACUGCAUUGGAGCCUGGUUGUGUAGGGGUGAAAGUUCUUGCUCUAAAGUUUAUGGAGACAUUUAUUUUGCUCUUUACUCCUGAUGCAUCUGAUCCUGAAAAAGUUUCCGGCGAAGGAAGUAGACAGAUGUUCAAUAUUUCCUGGCUUGCUGGCGGUCACCCCAUUCUGAAUCCAGCAACGCUCAUGUCUGAAGCAAAUAGGACAUUUGGCAUCUUAGUAGAUUUCAUACAGUCAGCUAAUCGCUUACCGGGUGCAUUGACGAUAUCUGUUAUUAGUUGUCUUGCAGUGGUAGCAAGGAAGAGGCCUGUCCACUACAACACUGUCCUCUCUGUUCUGCUGGAAUUUCACCCAAAUCUUGAGACGGUUAAGGGGUGCCAUGCUGCAAGCGUUCAGUAUUCCAUUAGAACUGCCUUUCUGGGAUUUCUUAGAUGUACUUUCUCACCGAUAAUAGAGUCAAGAGACAAGCUUCUUAGAGCAUUUCGAGCAAUGAAUGCUGCAGAUGUUGCUGACCAAGUUCUCCGUCAAGUUGAUAAAUUGGUCAGAAAUAACGAGCGUGCUGCACGUGAAAAUUGGUCAGGCAAGAAUAACCAGGUGAUUAGUCAUCAAAAUUCUUGGGAUCUGUCAAAGAAACGAAUAAUGCCCCAGGGUGAAGAUGAUACAAUCAAUGGAGAGGUUGCUCCGAAGCGUGUACGCCAUAAUACUAACAUGCAUUUGACCCAGCAAGUUCAAACAAAUGAAUCCCUACAGGGACCUGUCUCUAUCAAUGGCAUUUCCUCUGGUAACCAUCCUUCGGACAGUGAGUUGACUCCAGUGGAACAAAUGGUUUCAAUGAUUGGUGCUUUGCUUGCUGAAGGAGACAGAGGAGCUGCCUCACUUGAAAUUCUCAUUUCUAAGCUUCAUCCAGAUAUGCUUGCUGAUAUUGUAAUAACAAGCAUGAAACACUUGCCUAGUACCCCUCCCACGUUGACAAGUUCAGUGGGUACUCCAGCAGAUAUUGUGGUAUCUUCUUCUAUAAAUACCAUGCAUUCUCCGACUCCUCCGGCACAACUUCCUUUUGAUCCAAUCCUUCCUGCUGGGUCAUCGUUUUCCGAAGUGCCUAGCUUGAAUAGCUCGGUUGCCGACCCUAGACGCGACCCAAGAAGGGAUCCCCGUCGCAUGGAUCCAAGGCGUUUAAAUUCACCUGUGGUACCAUCGUCACUGCCUGUAGGUGAGGGUAAAGAACCAGUUCCAGCACAGAAGGACAUCUCUACCUUACUGAGUAAGCCAGUUUCAGUUCCUGCUGUCACGCCAGGGGCUACUGGUUCAGUACAUUCAACAGCAGUAGAGCGUAGCCAGAACAAGAUGAUGGGAAGUUCAGGAAUCAGAAUAAUUGAUCAGCCUGAUUGCAGAGAGGACUUGUUGACUGUUCCUAAUGAGUGUUCUUACCCGUCAAAGGAAAUAUCAUCCUUAGAUGUUCCACUAUCUCCUUGCAGAGAUGAUGAAGGCAUCAGAGAGACAAAGUAUUCAGGUUCUGAAACAAUGUAUGAUUUGGAUAUGUCGUCUGUCCCAGAUUUUGAUCAACAUUCGCCUUCAGCAUCAGUCCCAGAUUUUGAUCAAGAUCCCCCUGCAGCAUCAGACAUUACUGCACCAGAAGAAAGCUAUCGAGAGUUGGCACCUGUUCCAUCAUAUGUUGAACUUACCACAGAGCAAAGCAAAACUGUAGGAAAGUUGGCUAUUGAGCGGAUAAUCGAUUCAAAUAGACAUGUCUUUGGGUUUGAUUGUAACAAGAUACGCAUGGCAUUGAUUGCUCGAUUGAUUGCUAGAAUCGAUGCUGGCAAUGAUGUUGCAACCAUACUAAGAGAGCAUAUUAGUGUGGAUCAUCGAGAAUUCAAGGGGCACGAUCUUGUUUUACAUGUUCUCUACCAUCUGCAUUCGAUGGCGAUGCUGGACACAGAUGAAUCCUCUCCCUAUGCUACUAUUUAUGAAAAUUUUCUCAUAUCAGUGGCAAGAUCAUUUCUGGAUGCUCUUCCUGCUUCUGACAAGUCUUUUAGUAGACUUUUUGGAGAAGCUCCACAUUUACCUGAUUCUGCCAUAAAGCUACUGGAUGAACUCUGCUCCACUCAUCAUGACCCAGUUGGAAGAGAAGUCUGUGAUAGUGAGCGUGUUACCCAAGGGCUUGGUGCUGUUUGGAGCUUAAUUUUAGUGCGUCCAAAUGAGCGAAAAGCAUGCUUAGCUAUAGCAUUGAAGUGUUCUGUUCAUUCUGAAGAAGACGUCCGCGCAAAAGCCAUCCGACUUGUCACGAACAAACUAUAUCACCUAACAUACAUAGCAGAGCAUGUUGAGCAAUUUGCAACAGAUAUGUUGCUGACUGCUGUAAACUCUGAGACAGGUCUCUCACAGACUGGAUCAAUUACAGAAGGAAUAAAAACAGAGGCAAAAAGCCAGAUAACUUCGACAAGUGACUCUCUAUGGUCUGGAAACUCCGACAUUCACUCUCAGCAGGAUCUACAAACUUCUCGUGAUGUUUCAGUUAUAUCAAUUUCUGAAGCUCAGAGACUGAUUUCUCUGUUCUUCGCUUUAUGUAAAAAGAAACCUAGUCUCCUUCGACUUGUCUUUGAAGUUUAUGGGAGAGCUCCAAAAAUGGUAAACCAGGCUUUUCAUCGACAUAUACCUAUCCUGAUACGAGAAUUAGGUUCAUCUUACACGGAACUACUCCAAAUAAUAUCCGACCCUCCUAAGGGAAGUGAAAAUUUAUUGACAUUGGUGUUGCAAAUAUUGACACAAGAAUUGGCACCUUCGUUAGAUUUGAUUGCUACUGUAAAGCAUCUAUAUGAAACAAAGCUAAAGGAUGUUUCAAUUCUUAUUCCAUUGCUUUCUUCACUCACUAAAGAUGAGGUUUUGCCCAUCUUUCCUCCCCUUCUUAAUCUUCCGCCAGAAAAGUUUCAACUUGCACUUGCUCAUAUAUUACAGGGUUCUGCUCACACAGGCCCUGCACUAACACCUGCCGAGGUACUGAUUGCUAUCCACGAUAUUGUUCCUGAGAAGGAUGGGCCACCACUUAAAAAGAUAACAGAUGCAUGUUCAGCUUGCUUUGAACAACGCACUGUUUUCACGCAGCAAGUCUUAGCAAAGGCCCUCGGUCAGAUGGUUGAUCGAACACCUCUGCCUUUGCUCUUCAUGCGAACCGUUAUCCAGGCAAUCGACGCUUUUCCAACACUGGUUGAUUUUGUCAUGGAAAUUCUUUCCAAGUUGGUGAGAAAGCAGAUCUGGAGACUGCCAAAAUUGUGGCCUGGCUUCUUAAAAUGUGUGUCUCAGACAAAGCCGCAUUCGUUCCCUGUUUUGUUGGAGUUACCAAUGCCUCAACUUGAAAGUAUCAUGAAGAAGUUUCCUGAUCUAAGACCUUCCCUCACUGCUUAUGCGAAUCAGCCAACUAUCAGAGCUUCUCUACCGAAUUCAGCUCUUUCAGUUCUCGGGCUUGACAAUGGGCAAGAUUCACGUUCACAAAUGCACCCUUCAGAUGCAACUUCGUCUAUUCAUGGGGCGGCCUUAACGUGACUCCCUCUGGAAGAAUAUCGAGAAGUUGAAAUGUUUGGAGGAGACAAAGCACAGAUGCUUAUGUCUAGUGUCAAUGGUGCGAGACUGGCUACCACGCGUAUAUCUGACUACUAACUACAUGUGUUUGGAAUUAGUAGCAUGACCAGUAUGGUAGGCCAGCGUGUGUGGUCAUUCAUAGUUUCUUAUUUGUUGCCCUUUUUGUGUAUAUUAAUGAAAGUUCACCGUGGCC